AGUCUGCAGAAGAAGAAGAGAAUUAGAAAGAAACCAGCUGUUGUCCCCCAGUUUGUCCACAUAAAGCCAGAAAUGUCGCGGUCUCCAGACACCAGAAGUCUCCUGUCUGCUUCUUCCCAGCUCAACCUGAUGGAGACGGAAUCGAUUGACGAUAAGGAGUUUGACAUUCCUCAAGUGGAUACACCUCCGACGCUGGAGAGCAUCCUUAGCCAGAUGGAGGAUGAGGAAGAGCCGUUUGUCUUGGAGGACACCUGCACUCUGAACACAGACAACAUGGACGCUCAUUCCUGUGACACCUCCUCCUUGGCCAGCUCUGACAGUGGAGACCCAGCUUACCUUAAAAGAAAGAGGAAGACUCUGGAGCUGCAUACAGCCGUUCAUGGGUCGGUCCUUCGACUGAGCCUGCUGAAGGGCAUCUCUGCACAGAUUGUUGCUGCCGCGGACAAAGUGGAUGCUGGACUGCCGACUGCAGUAACCAUGUCCGGUGUGAUCGCCGUGGGAACGUCUCAUGGUCUGGCUCUGGUCUUUGGAAAAGAUACCAACCAGGCUCUGAGACUAUGUCUGGGUACCAAGACAACCGGAGCAGAGUUUGGAGCUAUCUCUGCCCUCAGCAUCAACCAUGACUGCUCACGGCUUCUCUGUGGGUUCGCUAAAGGACAGAUCACCAUGUGGGAUCUGGCCAAUGGGAAACUUCUUAGGACCAUCACCGAUGCCCAUCCUCCAGGGACAGCUAUACUACACGUUAAGUUCACAGACGACCCGACUCUGGCGGUGUGUAACGACAGCGGAGGAUCGGUCUUUGAGCUGGCCUUCAGGAGGGUGAUGGGGAUGCGGUCAUGUGACUCUCGGUGUCUCUUCAGCGGCUCCAAAGGGGAGGUGUGUUGUAUUGAACCUUUACGAGCUCCUCCAGAGUUCAGAGAUCAUCCCAUCACACACUUCUCUUUGCUGGCUAUGGCCUCUCUUACCAAGAUUCUGGUCAUUGGACUGAAGCCCACUCUCAAUGUCUGGAUGACUUUUUCCUACACCAAGUCGGACCCGUCCAGUGUCCCUCAGCUGGCCUGGCAGUUUGUUCCUGUUCAGAAGACUGUCAAUCCCAUCCUGGCCUUCUGCAAAGGAGACAUAAUCCACUUCCUCCUGGUGAAGAAGGAAGAGAUGGGUACCAUCCAUGUCAUCAAACAGAGACAGCUCCACCUCAGCUGUGACAUCAUUAGCCUGAAUUGGAUCAACAGUCGUACCCUGGUUCUGGUGGACAGCCAGGAGAAGCUGCAGGUGGUGGACCGACCCACUCAGGAGGUUUUGGAGACUCUGGACCUGGAACAAGUCCAGCUGGUCUACAACAGCCGACAUUUCAAAUCUUUGGCCACUGGGGGGAAUGUGUCCCAGGCCCUGGCUUUAGUAGGAGAAAAGGCCUGCUACCAGUCGGUGUCCAGCUACGCAGGACAGAUCGUCUGUCUGGGCACCAAGUCAGCUCACGUUCUGGCCCUGAGAAACUGGAAGGAGCGGAUCGACUUCCUUGUGAAACAGGAGCAUUUUGUGGAGGCGCUCGCUCUGUCCUGGUCCUUCCAUGAAGGAACCGCCAAGGCUGUGGUUGGUCUCCAUGGAGAUCCAGUGAAAAGAAAAGCAGUUCUUAGCGAUAAGAUGGUCGAGAUUCUUCUCCAGUUUGCAGAAUAUGCUUUAAAAAAGUGUCCAGAGCAAGGCAAGAUCCAGGUGAUGGAGCAGCACUUCCAGGAGGUGGUUCCGGUUCUGGUUGACUACUGCCUGCUGCUGCAGAGGCUUGAGCUGCUAUUCAACCUGCUGUAUACCCGGCUGACGGAGAAUAUGGUCGCUAAAGGCGUCUUCUUGGAGUCACUGGAGUCAUAUGUCAUCGCCAGCCGCCUGGGACACCUCCCCACUCCUGUUAUGAGGGACCUCCUCGCCCAUUAUCACGACAACGGCAUGAUGGACAGCCUGGAAAGAUGCAUUGUCCAUCUAGAUGUUACCAGCUUGGACAUACAACAGGUGGUCCAGGUGUGUUGGCAGAACCAGCUCUACGAUGCAGUGAUCUACGUCUUCAACCGUGGCAUGAAUGACUACAUCACUCCAAUGGAGAAACUCUUUGCAGUGAUCGGUCCUACAGUUAAAGCGGGGAAGAGCCUAACAGAUGAGGAUGUGGUGAUGGGGAACAAACUGCUGGUGUACAUCAGCUGUUGUCUUGCAGGAAGAGCAUAUCCACUCGGAGACAUCCCCGAAGACCUCGUUCUUCAAGUCAAGAACCAGGUGUUUGAGUUCCUGAUCCGACUCCAUUCAGGAGACUCGUCAUCAUCGGAGGAGGAGGUCUUUCCUUUCAUUCACACUCUUCUCCACUUUGACACCCGGGAGUUUCUCAAUGUGCUAGCCAUGACAUUUGAUGACUUUAAGAAUGACAAACAGGCUCUGGAGUACCAGCAGAGGAUCGUGGACAUCUUACUCCAGGUGAUGGUGGACAACCCAGACUUCACCCCGUCUCAGGUGGGCGGGCUCUUCACCUUCCUGGCCCGACAGCUAGCCAAACCCAACAACACUCUGUUUGUCAACCGGAAGCUCUUCGAUCAGGUUCUGGAGUUCCUGUGUUGCUCGGACGAUGAUUCUCGACACACUGAGAGGCAGCAGGUUCUGUUGGAGCUGCUGCAGGUCGGCGGCGUUGUCCAGUUUGAAGAGGAGAGGCUGCUUUGUAUGGCGGAGAAGGCCAAGUUCUACCAAAUCUGUGAAUUCCUUUUUGAGAAGAAACAUCUAUAUGACCGGAUCAUUGACUGCUACAUGGGAGACCCGCUCAGAAAGUGUGAGAUCUUCAACUACAUCCACAACCUCCUGUCCAUGCCAGGAUACAGCGAUGAGGAGAAACUCCGGGUCAGGAAGAAAGUUCUGCAGAACGUGCAGGAGCUGGUGACCCUCGACCCCAACAAAUCAGCUGACCUGGUCAUGUGUCAUUUCACAGAUGAGGUGCAGCUAAUCAUCUCUGAGCUUCAGGACGACCAGCUGCUCUUCAGGUUCCUCAGCUGCCUUCUGGAGCCACGGGAUGGACCGGUUUCAGGCUCCGUGCUGCCUAUGGAACGGGACCUUCACGAGCUUCUGCUGGACUUACUGUGUCGUUUUGACCCCCAGCAGCUGCUGGCCUUCCUCCACACCUCCCAGCACUACAGACUGGAGGAGGCCAUACAGAUAACAGAGACGUACAACUGUAAUGAGGCUAUAGCCUUCCUCCUGGAGAAGAAGGGGGACGUUAACGGAGCGUUUGGACGGUUGCUGCAGACACUGAAGGAGAAACUGUGUUUCCUCACGGCUGAGAGUGGCGAUGAAGAUGGAGGACAAGCUGACAGACAAGAGGAAGAGGAGACAGGCAACCAAUCAGCACUGAGGAGGGUGAAGGAUUCACUGAAUGACAUCAUCUCCCUCUGUCAUCGAAGCUGUCCGAACCUCGACCAGGAACAAAGAGAGGUCCUGUGGUUUCCACUUUUGGACACCAUGAUGGCGUCUCAGAAAGAAGUGAAGGGGCUCGAUGGUGAAAAGACCUCCGAAGGGCUAAAGGAGAUGACCCUGAAGGUUCUCAACUGUAUGAGCAGCUUUAUCUCUCUGCCCACCAUCAUUCAGCACAUCCUCCAGGACCCCGUCUAUGGAAAAGGAAAGCUGGCAGAGAUUCAAGGCCUCAUUCUGGGAAUGCUGGACACCUUCAACUAUGAACAGACUUUACUGGAAACCACCACCAGUCUGCUGAACCAUGACCUCCACUGGUCUCUGGCCCACCUACGCUCUGCCGUCACCAAGGGGCUCCACCCUCGACAGGACGUCUGCAACAUCUGCCUCCAACACUACAAGAGGAGGCAGGAUUCAUCUGAGGAAAUCAUUGUGUUCAGCUGUGGCCACCUCUACCACCUGCCCUGCCUGCAGCAGAAGGACUGUGGGUGGAGCUUAGCUUCAGAGCCGCCACAGCGGUGGAGGUGCUACAAGUGUUCCUCCAGCCAUGGAAGGAAGAGCCGCCCUUCAACCAGAGCAGAGAGAAGCUGCAGCACAUCUCUGGCUAAGGUGUCCAUCCUGUCAGAAGUGUCCCACAGUCAAAGUGCUGAGAAGACAGGCUUUUUAAUCCCCGUCCAACCAGGGACGGAGAGCUUCCUCCUCAAACUGUCUCCUCCUCCUUUGUUUGAAGAAUGAUGGUUGAAGAUAACGUUUCCCUUUGAAGAUUUUCCUUCCAGCAUCCUGAAGCAUUUUAAAUCAGUGUCUGUCUGUUUUUUUAUCUCUGUGGGACUUUUUAUCAGUUUUACUUCAGCCAGCUGAAACAUGUUGACCCAGACAUGUAACUGCAGGAAAUCACCAAUAAACCACGCUCCGCUUCACUAAAACCUCCUGAACAGACAAAACCCUACAGACCAACCUUCUAACACAGAGGAAACCGGCAACACUCUUCCUUCCACAGAAGCUGCUCCUGAUCCAGGAAAUUUAACAUCUGUCCUACAUUUAUCCCAACAUAUGCACAGCUACACAGUGUUGUGGUGGUUUGUGCUGCGGCCACAUCGCAAAAAAGUCACUGAUUCAAGUCUCGGCUGUGGAGCAGUUCAAACAUUGGCCUUUCUUUGUGGAGUUUGCAUGUUCUCGCCGUGUAUGCAUGGGUUCUCUCUGGGUUCCUCCCACCAUCCAAAGACAUGAUGUUAGGUUAACUGGUCUCUCUGAAUUCUCUCUGGGACAUGAGUGGUGACCUGUGAUGGACAGGUCACCAGUCCCUGUCCAUCUGUCCCGAGGUUUUCAGGUCCAGAGACAACAACCUCAGUCUUGUCUGAAUUUAGAAGGAAAAAAUUCAAAGUUAUCCAGGUCUUUAUGUCUUUAAGACGUCUUUUUAAUCUGACACUGAUUGGUUUAAUCAGACUUCAUGGAGAAGUAAAUCUGAGUAUCAUCUGCAUAGUGAUGUAAGUUUAUACCAUGAUAGUACCAUAGGUAACUAUGUAUAACGUGAAAAGAAUUGGCCCAAGUACAGAACCCUGAGGAACUCCAUGACUUACUCUGGUGUGUGAGGACGACUUAUCAAUUGCAUUAACACACUGAAAUCUAUCAAUUAAAAAUCACUUAAACCAG